AUGACAGGACACACUUGUGCUCUUCACUGGGAAAUGCACAAAGAAGAAUAUAUUGGAAAUGAACUUGAAGAAAGCUCUGGUGAGAUACAAACAGAACAACUCCCUGGAUUGUGCUGGGCUUGCAAGUGGGCCAUGGGGAAGCUGAAAAAACGAAUCUCCAAUGGGACAACUGCGGAUGACAUUAAAAAGAAGCUGGGCAUGAUCUGUGAUCAGAUUGGCUUCCUGAAAUCACUGUGUAGGAAGUUUGUGAACAAGUACAUGGGCACUCUGAUCGAAGAACUUUCAACUACUGAUGACGCCAGAACCAUCUGUGUUAACAUUGGUGUUUGCAAGAAAUAG